AUGUUGGUAAAAGAUUUUGAUCAUAUAGUAUUCACUGUGAAUAACAUCCAAGAAUCAAUUGAUUUUUAUACCACCAAUUUAGGUUUCAAACAUCUAGAAUUUAAGGCUGAUAUUGAUAAAGAUGUUGAUCCAUUAAGGGUUAGAAAUGCUUUGGUAUUUGGUAAUAAAAAAAUUAAUUUACAUCAAAGACAUAAGGAAAUGGAUCCAUUUGCUCAAACACCAACUGUUGGUUCUCAAGAUCUUUGCUUUAUAUUAAGUGAUGAUUUAACUGUUGAUCAAGCUAUAAAUCAAUUAACUUAUAAAGGGAUUGAAACAUUUGGUCAUUCAAAUAAACCAGGUUCAAUGGGUCUUAUUGAAAGUUUUUAUAUAAGAGAUCCUGAUGGGAAUUUAUUAGAAUUUGCAAAAUAUUUAUGA